AUGGGGUUCACUUCAUUUCUAUUUAUCAUUUGCAUUCUCAAUUUAAAUCAAUUUCUCAAAGCAGAAAAUCUUGGUGUAUACAUAGUCUAUGUUGAUCCUUCACAAUCCUCCUCCGAUGAUCUUGACACUUUUUACGAUUCAUUUUUGCCGACGAAUACUAACGUAACAACAAUUGCUGCCUCGAACAGUGACGAUCAGCCUAGAAUAUUGUACCGAUACCGCCACGUGUUCUCGGGCUUCGCCGCCAAAUUAUCGGCAGCACAUGUCGAUGAAAUGCGGAAGAAGAAGGGUUUCAUCUCAGCCCGGCCCGAAAGGAUGAUGCAUCUGCACACCACUCAUUCUCCCAAUUUCUUGGGGUUGAACCAAAACACGGGCCUAUGGAAAAACUCGUCGUACGGCAAGGGAAUUAUCAUCGGUUUGGUGGACACCGGAAUCACGCCGGACCACCCCUCGUUGAACGAUCAAGGGGUGCCGCCGCCGCCUGCGAAAUGGAAGGGCAAAUGCGAGUUCACUUCCCCCCGAUGGACCUGCAACAACAAGCUGAUCGGAGCUAGGUACUUUUACCGCAGUCCUCCGUUGUUUGUGCAACCACUGAUCGACCAAAUCGGCCACGGCACACACACCUCCGGAAUAGCCGCCGGAAAUUUCGUCGGUGGUGCCGAUUUCUACGGCAACGCCCGCGGCACGGCCUCCGGAACCGCGCCGCUCGCUCACGUGGCGAUAUACCAACCGUGCACGGGCUCCCACUGCGGCAGCAGUGGUAUAGCCGCCGCCAUUGAUGCCGCCAUCGAGGACGGCGUCGACGUGCUCUCGAUGUCCCUCGGCGGUGCAUUGCACUUACAUUUCGCCGAUGAUAUUAUGGCCAUCGGAACUUUCCGGGCCAUGGAGAGGGGCAUUGUCGUCAGUUGUUCCGCCGGAAACGACGGCCCAAAAAACAAGACUCUGUAUAACGAGGCCCCGUGGAUCAUGACUGUUGGGGCCAGCACUACUGACCGGAAGAUAACGGUCAACGCAGUCCUCGGAAACGGGGAGGAAUUAGAGGGCGAAACGGGUACCGGUUUCCCCGCCAUCGGAAAGUUAGACCUCGUUUACCCUCGAUCAAAUGAUACCGGAAUGUCACGUUGUUUUGACGGCCAUUUCAACACCGAUAUUAAAGGAAAGAUAGUUGUGUGCGAAGGUAUGAAGUACUUAGUAACUCGAGUCCAACAAGGAAUAACUGUCAAAGGUGCGGGUGGCGCCGCUAUGAUUCUAAUAAACAAUAAAUUUGAUGGGGACACAACUUUCGAAGAGCCACACGUCCUUCCGGCGAUGCAAAUCACUUAUGCCGAUAGCCUUAAGUUAAAAGCAUACCUAAACUCAACUUCGAAUCCCACAGCCACAAUGUCGUUUAAAGGAACUGUUAUCGGUAACAAUCGAGCUCCAGUAGUUGCUACAUUUUCCUCAAGGGGUCCUAGUGUACCGAGCCCUGGAAUUUUGAAGCCCGAUAUUAUCGGUCCUGGAGUUAACAUACUUUCAUCCUGGCCCGCUUCUGUCGACAAUAGUAAAACCGACACAAAGUCGCCGACAUUCAACAUGAUCUCGGGUACAUCAAUGUCGUGCCCACAUCUCAGUGGCGUCGCAGCAUUGCUCAAAAGCGUGCAUCCUGAUUGGUCGCCAGCCGCCAUCAAGUCCGCCAUUAUGACCACGGCCGAUUCAGUGAACCUCGAAGGCAAACCGAUCGAGGAUGAACAAUUGCAGCCCGCCAGUGUAUUUGCUAUUGGUUCGGGCCAUGUUAAUCCUUCACGGGCAAAUAAUCCGGGGUUGGUUUACGAUAUCAUGCCCGAUGAUUAUAUUCCUUAUUUGUGUGGUUUGAAUUACACGAAUCAAGAAAUCGGCAUAAUUGUUGGACGUAAGGUGGAUUGCUCGGAAGAGAAGAGCAUUCCUGAAGCACAAUUGAAUUAUCCCUCGUUUUCGAUAAUAUUUGGAUCAACUCCUCAAACUUAUACGAGAACAUUGACGAAUGUUGGCAAGGCUAAUUCAUCAUAUGUUGUCGAGAUUGCUUCGCCCGAUGGUGUUAUUGUGAAAGUGGAACCUCAGAAACUCGUGUUUCCAAAGUUGGGCGAUAAAUCGAGCUAUAGUGUGACAUUCACCAGAACAAACAAAGGAGUGAUGAAUAAUACUACACAAGGAUUUAUUAGAUGGCAUACAGCCGAAUACUCUGUUAGAAGUCCUAUAGCAGUUGUAUUUCAAAAUUAAAUAAUUUUGUAAAGUGA